CUGAUCACUGAACAGAUUCUCCAUAGAAGUACGAGUAGUAUCGUCUGAAAAAGAUAGCAGAUCUUCCGGGUCCUUGUCUUUCAAGUCUUCCAACUCUUCCUUUGUAUAGCAUUUCUACUCGGUACAACCGCAGGUACAGGUAGACAGAAUGAGUGCACAACAGCGACUCCAGAACAUCUCGGGCCACAUUCACUCCAGCGCCACCACGACGCAGUCACCGGGCCUGAAGAAAAUCCUCGAAAAGAACCCAGAUGACAUUGUAAUAACAUGCGCCACGCGCACGCCCCUGACCAAAGCCCGUAAAGGCGGGCUUAAAGACACACCGACCGACGAGCUGCUCAUCCACGUUCUCAAGGCGCUCAAGAGCAAAUCCCAAAUCGAUCCAUCAAAGGUCGACGACGUGUGCAUCGGCAACGUCCUGCAACCCGCGCCAGGCUUCGCGGCACGCAGCGCCGUGCUCGCCGCCGGGUUCCCUGUAUCCACAGCGGCCAAUGUGGUCUCGCGCUUCUGCAGCUCGGGCUUGCUCUCGAUCCAGACGGUCGCCGGCAGCAUCACGACGGGCGCGAUCGAAGUCGGCAUCGCCAUCGGGUGCGAGAGCAUGUCGACCAACCCCGACAAACCACCCCCGAUGAGCGACAUGGUCAUGUCGCACCCCGUGGCCAAGGACAACGUUAUGCCCAUGGGCUGGACGUCGGAGAACGUCGCCCACGAUUUCCACGUGUCCCGUGAAGCUCAGGACAAGUACGCCGCGAUGUCUCAUAACCGCGCCGAACGGGCCCAGCGCGAGGGCUGGUCGGCCGAUGAGAUCUCUCCGCUCACCACAAAGUGGGUUGAUCCGAAGACCAAUCAAUCCCAGACAAUCACCGUGGACAAGGACGACGGCAUCAGGCCCGGCACCACAUACGAGGGCCUCGCGAAGAUCAGGUCGGCGUUCCCCCAGUGGGGUGGCACCACGACGGGCGGGAAUGCGAGUCAACUUACCGACGGUGCGGCGGCGGUGUUGAUGAUGAAGCGUUCGACAGCGGAGAAGUUGGGACAGCCCGUCAUUGCAAAGUAUGUCAAGAGCACUGUUGUCGGGCUUGAGCCGAGGAUCAUGGGCAUCGGCCCCAGCUUUGCCAUUCCCAAAAUCCUCGAGCUCACGGGCCUGACGAAGCAAGACAUUGACCUUUUUGAAAUCAAUGAGGCCUUUGCGAGUAUGUAUGUGUACUGUGUGGAGAAGUUAGGCCUGGAUCUCGAGAAGGUGAAUGUCCGAGGAGGAGCCAUUGCCAUUGGGCAUCCGCUGGGCUGUACAGGCACGAGACAAGUUGUUACCGCCCUGUCUGAAUUGAAGCGGAGGAAGGCCAAAGUGGCUGUGACGAGCAUGUGUGUGGGCUCGGGUAUGGGUAUGGCUGGUGUCUUUGUCUCGGAAGAGUCGUGAUCUAUAGCGAAUCCAUUCCUUGGCCGUCGUGAAAUGUGCGUGACUGUGGGAGUCAUCAUGACUUCAAUACAUGACUUGCAUGAAGGCGUCCUUCCCUCAUCUGCCAGACUCAGGCAUUCCUCCCUUGCUCUAGGUGUGGGUGUGGUUAGCUAUGGCUCUCCCUGGGGCUCUUAGGGAGACAAUUAGACACUCUUCAACAUGUAAGCUCAAUUGAUA